AUGGAGCCUCGCCCAGCAGCGACGCUUCCCACAGGCCCGACUGCGUCGCGGCGGCCGCCAGUGAUCGUGAGGGAAAUCUCGGCGCAGCAGACCUACGCCCUGCGACACGCUGUGCUCUGGCCCGACAAACCUAUGUCUUACGUGCAGCUGCCCGACGACGAGGCCGGUCAGCACUUCGGCGCGUUUAUCAGCAGCAGUAAUGGCAGUAACGGCGAGGUUGGGAUCAAUCACAGCGUCGACGCCAAUAACAACAACAACUACAAUAACAUCCGUAAUCAUGACGGCGACCCUACUGACCAGGACAAUGCCAACAACGCCAAGGACAAUGUCAGUCACAGCAGCACGUGCGGCUCCGGGAACUUAGCAGGAGCAGGCUCUUCCUCAGAAGGAGAAGAACUAAUAAGCGUCCUCUCGCUAUUCGUCGACCAGCCCAACGGCGCAACCACCACCACAACAAAAGCGCGGUUCCGCAAAUUCGCCACCGCGCACCGGUGGCAGGGCAAGGGCGCGGGCACCGCGCUGCUGCGGCGCGCCGUCGACGAAGCCGCGUCGCGGGGCGCCACGAGCCUCUGGUGCGACGCCCGCGCGAGCGCCCUGCCCUUCUACGAGCGCUUCGGCUUUUGGCGCGCUGAGGGUGAAGGCAAGCCCUUUUACAAGGGCGGGGUGGCUUACCUGCGGUUGUCGAGGCGGUUGCCGUGA